AAAAUAAAAUAUAGGGGGUGAAGUGCAAUUUGCCCUUAUUAAUGUAUUGAGGUAGAAGUAAAAUAAUUAAUCAUGUACUCAGUCUCAAAACUCAUUCACGUACACUGCCAUAUCAUAAUUCUACCUUCGGCGUGGAUUUCGUGAAAAUCUGUUACAGAGAUUGAAUAAAAUCAAAUACUUCGCAUCGUUUGUUCUUCAUUUCACUGUAAAUUUCGGGACGAAGGGUUUCUGGUUUUGCGGCGGCUUGGCUGAAAUCAGAUUUGGAGUUCAGUUAUGGACGGCGAUUCUACGGUGGUGAUCAAGGUUAAGUAUGGGGAAGUACUGAGGCGAUUCAGAGCUCGUGUAAUCGAUGGUGAAUUCAGCCUAACUGUGGAUGGACUGAGAAAGAAGAUAUUUUCCCUAUUCGGAUUUUCUCCCGACACUGAAAUAAUGCUCACUUACGUAGACGAAGAUGGUGACGUGGCGACUAUUGUCGAUUUCGUUGAUCUUUGCGAUGUAGUGAAGCAGGGCCUGAACCCCAUUAGAUUCACCGUUCAGCUGAUUCUUGAAAAUGAUCCGAUGAAGACGAUUUUUUUCGGAAGUUCCGAUCCAGCGAAUUCACCUCCCGAAAAAAUCGAUGCGGUUACGUUCGAUUCGAGUGGAAACUCUAAUUGGGAAGAAAAUCCUAUGCACGAAGCAACGGAAAAUAUCUCGAACGAUAUGUCGUCUAAAAUGGGGUGGAAUGAAACUGAUGAUGACUUGAACCCGCAGCCUAUUACGAACAUUGAUAUAUCUGAGUCAACCAUGGGAGUUACUAACGGGCAUAUUUUGCCUUAUGUUGUACCGAAAACUAACGAAUACGUGUAUCCAGUUUCAAUUUCCGGGACUACUGCCUCGUACUGGAGUGCUUAUUGUGAUAUUUGUGGGACACAUCCAAAAACUGUUUACAGCUUCAAUUCGAAAGGAAUCUGCACCCUCUGCUUCGCAGAAUUCGAGGAAGGAAUUAAGUCUAUCAAAUCGCUAAAGACAGUGCCCAAAGAUCUUGACAGCUGUUUCGUCGAAGAUGUGAGUGUAGCAGAAGGCAGCGUAGUGCCACCUUCGACUCGAUUCACAAAGACAUGGCGAAUGAGAAACAACGGUUUGGUUGUAUGGCCUGAGGAAACGCUACUCGUUUGGACAGGUGGACAUGUGUUGAGCCAUGCACUUUCUUUUGACGUCGGGGUUCCUGCAACCGGUUUGCCUGUGGGCCAUGAUCUCGAUUUUUCCGUUGAGUUCACUUCUCCCGAACUUAAAGGCUACUACACAUCGUACUGGAUAAUGAAGUCACCCUCGGGCGAACAGUUUGGGGAACUUAUAUGGAUUUAUAUCCAGGUUGAUGAUGAUGCCUUAAACCUCGACCUUCCUCCCCCAGUGAAAGCAAAGCAAAUUGAGGAAGAUAGCCUACAUGAGCUUGGCAACUACAAAAAGGGAGUGGAAGUAGUGGAAACAGAUCUUCUUGGUUCUCACCAGACCCAGGAAAUUCGUUAUAGAUGACGAGGCGGGGAAGUGGUGGGCUGAAAAUAAAACGAGCGUACGUGAGCGAUACAAUGUGGCAAAUGUGGCUGCAUUCUUGAUUUCUAUAACAUUAGAAACUCGAGUUUAUUUAUUUUAUUUUAUUUUCAUUUUUUCAUGGCCUUGAAGCUAUAACUAAACAUUUUUUUUUUAUGAGUUCAGCUUCUAAUUCUUUAGUAUAUCUUGGUUGUCGAUGUUGAUGUACUAUUUUUGAACGGAAAAAUCGUAGCACGAUUUUCGCCAUCGUGAUUUUUUUCCCUCCGAAUUUAGUUAUGUUUAAAAAAUACAACGGAAAGAAAAGCAUCCACUAGAGGGGAGAUCUUAAUUGUUAAUCAUGGUUUUAGCUCGUAAAUCUCUUUUGCCAAGUUUUAUAUACGAGCCAAUC